CGUUGUGGCGACCCCGCUGAGCAAAGUGGAGCAGGCACAGCACGGGCACCCCAAGCCGAUCCGAUGAAGAAGGCCCAGCGCGACCGGAUGAAGAAGGCCCCUCUCCCCUCUCACGCCUCCCUCCGCGGCGCGCGCCUCCACCGGUUCCCGAGACUUCCAGCGCGCUCCGAGGGGCCACUUUCCCUCUAGUCUCGAAAACUGCCUUCAUGGCGGAGGUGAAGGUGAAGGUGCAGCCGCCGGACGCGGAUCCGGUGGAAAUAGAAAACAGAAUUAUAGAAUUAUGCCACCAGUUCCCUCACGGAAUCACAGAUCAAGUAAUUCAGAAUGAGAUGCCUCACAUAGAAGCCCAGCAACGGGCAGUGGCCAUCAAUAGACUGUUGUCUAUGGGUCAGUUGGAUCUUCUAAGGAGUAAUACAGGCCUUUUAUAUAGAAUAAAGGAUUCUCAGAAUGCUGGUAAAAUGAAGGGGUCCGAUAACCAGGAAAAACUAGUCUAUCAAAUCAUAGAGGACGCAGGGAAUAAAGGUGAGCAUGUGAAGGGUGCUUCCAAAAAGAAGGUUUAUAUGCUCUAUAACCUACAGCCAGACCGAUCUGUGACUGGCGGAGCCUGGUACAGUGACCAGGAUUUUGAAUCGGAAUUUGUUGAGGUGCUUAAUCAACAGUGUUUCAAAUUCCUACAAAGCAAGGCAGAGACAGCAAGAGAAAGUAAACAGAAUCCAGUGAUACAAAGAAACAGUUCAUUUGCUUCAUCACAUGAAGUGUGGAAGUACAUCUGUGAACUGGGCAUCAGUAAGGUAGAGUUGUCCAUGGAGGACAUUGAGACCAUCUUGAACACACUCAUUUAUGAUGGCAAAGUGGAGAUGACUAUCAUUGCUGCGAAGGAAGGCACUGUUGGCAGCGUAGAUGGACACAUGAAACUGUACAGGGCAGUCAACCCAAUCCUCCCACCUACAGGCUUGGUCCGGGCACCCUGUGGACUCUGUCCGGUUUUUGAUGACUGCCAUGAAGGUGGUGAGAUCUCACCAUCCAAUUGUAUUUACAUGACAGAGUGGCUCGAAUUUUAAUAGAGAGCUGUGAACUUUAUUUACAUUUGGCAAACUGAACUUCUUGGAGAGCAAAUAAUUCAUGAUGGAGUGUAAAUUUCUUUGAAAGCAUACUUCAUAAUAAUGGAUACUGACUUGCUGCUAUGAAAACACUUAUUUAUGAAGACAGAACACAAAGCAGAUUGAGCUUAAUAAAGUUUAAUUGGGAA